AUGUUUGACCAGAAAUUCUUGACUUCAUCCUCAACCCUAGUUGUCCCGAAUGCAGGACAUCAGGGCUUCAGAUCAGAUCAUCGACCGCCUCUCAACUCAACUAUUACCCUCAUUCAGGCCACCACCCGCGAAUCAGACCAGACCUUGCCCCAAGAAGAAAACAACAGCCGAGAAGUCGAUGCGAGUCAAUACACUCGACUGUCGCCUGCUCGAAAAAUCAUCAUCGUUGUCAUUCUCUCAUACUGUGCUAUUCUUGGUCCUAUCUCCUCCACUGCCAUCUUAGCCGCUGUUCCCGAACUUGCCAGGACGUUCAAUACCACCGGGGAUAUCAUCAACGCCAGCAACGCUCUUUACCUAGCCUUCAUGGGGAUUGCUGCUCUACUUUGGGGACCCUUAAGUCAGAUCUCGGGCCGCCGCCCUAUUUUUAUCACAAGCUCCAUUCUUUUCUUUCUCUUCACAGUGGCCACAGCGCUGGCCCCUAAUAUCGAAGCCUACUUCGUUUUCCGCAUAUGCACCGCGUUUCAGGGCACUGCAUUCUUAGUGCUUGGCAGCGCCACCGUCGGCGAUAUCUUCGAGCCAAUGUCUCGAGCCUUACCGUUGGGAUGGGUCUUGUCAGGUACCUUGACUGGACCUGCCCUUGGUCCCUUUCUAGGUGGUGUCGUGGCCACCUUCCGCCCCUGGAGAGACAUAUUCUGGUUGCUCGCCGCAUUGAACGGGUUUGCAGCUGUCCUCAUCAUCGUCGUCUUCCCCGAGACCAUCGCCCACAAAUCCGACGCCCAACUCAAAGGAAAAACCUUCCCUCAAAAAGCCAAACAACUCGGCAGCCACAUUUGCCCUAUCCGCAUCGCCCGCCUGGUUUUCUCAUACCCGAACAUCUUCCUCGCCAGUCUCGCCGCCGGCACCUUAGUCUGGAACCAAUAUGCCCUCCUCACCCCCAUCCGCUACAUCCUCAACCCGCGCUUCCACCUCACCACUCCCGUCGAAGCUGGCCUCUUCUACCUCGCCCCCGGUUCUGGCUACCUAGCCGGCGCUUUUGUCGGCGGCCGCUGGGCCGAUCUUGUGGCCCGGAAAUACGCCCGAAUCCGCAACGGCCAGCGCAUCCCCGAAGACCGUCUCCGUUCCUGCGUCCCCUUCAUUUGCAUCGCCACCCCAGCCUGCGUCCUCGUCUAUGGCUGGACAGUGGACCGAGAAGUCGGUGGAGUUCCGGUCCCCGUCAUCUCUAUGUUUCUUCAAGGCGUCGCCACAAUGUUCUGCUUUCCCAGUCUGAACACCUACGGGUUGGACGUGAUGCAGGAGAAAGGUCGAAGCGAGGAAGUCGUGGCAGCGAACUUUGUUUUUCGGUAUGUAUUUGCCGCAGUGGGGACAGGCGUCGUCCUCCCUGCUGUCCAGGCUCUGGGAGUGGGGUGGUUUAGCACCAUCUCCGCGCUGCUUCUGACCGCUGUUGGUGGUGCGGUAUUUCUGAUCGCCGAGUAUGGACAUCGAUGGAGGGAGGCAGUUGAUGCAAAGCUCCAGGCUAAAGAAGACACGAAAUGGGAGAACAAAUCACAAGCACAUGUCUGA